CAGUGGCUCCUCUGCCAGUUGGAGUGAAACUUGUCUCCGGUUGGAGCGGAGCUCCGUCAGGACCCGGCGGCUUGUUUAGUUCCUCCUCCCGGACCGAGAGAGCGAGAUGCGGCGCAAAGAGAAGAGGCUGCUACAGGUCACCGGGCUGCUGCUCGCUGCGGCACUUUUCUUCCCGAACGUCGGUCUGUGGUCUUUGUACCGGGACCGAGUGCUGGACAGCGGCUUGGCGGGCUCAGCCGACGGACAGAACCGGAUCUCAGCGCUCCUUCAGGGGUUCAACCAGAAGGUGGUUCAGGUAGGAGUUGACGGCGUGCGACGAGUCGACUGGCACGACUAUGAAACAAUAAGGAGAGACGCUGCCCGGAUCGGUAAUGGUGAACAGGGGAAGCCGUUCCCUCUGACCGAAACUGACCGGGUCGACCAGGCCUACAGGGAAAACGGCUUCAACAUUUAUGUCAGCAACCGGAUCUCUCUGAACCGCUCCUUGCCUGACAUCCGUCAUGAAAACUGCAAACAGACGCUGUAUGCAGAGAAGCUGCCCAACACCAGCAUAAUUAUCCCGUUUCAUAACGAGGGCUGGUCCUCCCUACUGAGGACGGUUCACAGCGUGAUCAACCGCUCUCCUCCAGAGCUCAUUGCAGAAAUCAUCCUGGUUGACGACUUCAGCGACAAAGAGCACCUUAAGGUGGCCCUGGAGGAUUACCUGAUGAGAAUCCCCAAGGUUCGCAUCCUGAGGACUAAAAAGAGGGAGGGUCUGAUCAGGACUCGGCUGCUGGGAGCCACCGCCGCUAAAGGGGAGGUCAUCACCUUCCUGGACUCUCACUGCGAGGCCAACGUCAACUGGCUGCCUCCUCUGUUGGACCGAAUUGCCCAGAACCGGAAGACCAUUGUCUGUCCCAUGAUAGAUGUCAUCGAUCACGACCACUUCGGGUACGACACACAGGCGGGAGACGCCAUGCGAGGGGCCUUUGAUUGGGAAAUGUACUACAAACGGAUCCCCAUCCCUCCUGAGAUGAAGAGGAAUGACCCUACUGAGCCUUUUGAAUCUCCAGUGAUGGCAGGCGGAUUGUUUGCUGUGGACAGGAAGUGGUUCUGGGAACUGGGAGGAUACGACACGGGGCUGGAAAUAUGGGGAGGAGAACAGUAUGAGAUCUCAUUCAAGGUGUGGAUGUGCGGUGGUCGGAUGGAGGACAUCCCGUGCUCCAGGGUGGGGCAUAUCUACAGAAAAUACGUUCCCUACAAGAUUCCCGGUGGGAUCAGUUUGGCAAAGAACCUCAAACGCGUGGCAGAGGUGUGGAUGGACGAGUAUGCGGAAUAUGUCUACCAGCAUCGGCCCGAGUACCGCCACCUUUCGGCAGGCGACAUGACGGCACAGAAGGAGUUGCGGAGCCGACUGAGCUGCAAGAACUUCCGGUGGUUCAUGAGCGAGGUGGCCUGGGAUCUGCCGAGACAUUACCCACCUGUGGAGCCCCCUGCUGCUGCAUGGGGGGAGAUAAGAAAUGUGGGCAGCGGGAUGUGUAUGGAGAUCAAACAUUUUGUCUCUGGGAGCCCCAUCCGCCUGGAGAGCUGUGUGAAAAGCAGAGGAGAAGUCAGCUGGAGCCACGGACAGGUGUUGACGUUUGGUUGGAGGGAAGAUAUCCGUGUGGGUGAACCCAAUCACACGAGGAAGGUCUGCUUUGAUGCCGUCUCGCACAACAGCCCCGUUACUCUCUAUGACUGCCAUGGCAUGAAGGGGAAUCAGCUUUGGCGAUACAGAAAGGAUAAGACUCUAUACCACCCAGUCAGUAACAGCUGCAUCGACAGCAGUACCAGCGAGCGUCGAGUCUACAUGAACACGUGCGACCCCACCUCUCUGAGCCAGCAGUGGCUGUUUGAGCGAACCAAUGCCACCGUGCUGGAGCACUUCAACCGGGGCAGCGACUGAAGUCAUGGAGCAGCGAGACGAGACAUCUUCCAAGGAGAAGAUCAUCAACGGUGAUCGGCUUUGUUCAAAUAAGACUGGAAGUUCCAAGACAGAAGUUUGCUGCUUCCCGAUCUUUUCCCGUGGUACAGCAGAGAUCCAGCGCCCUGGCUGACAGCUGAAGCGUUGUUCAGACCAAACGCCUCGACACCCAGAAUCCAAUCAUACAGCUCAAGCUUGUGAUGUGGAAGGAGGGUGGGAGGACCGCAGCGAGAUCUGUUUGACCUGCGGGAAACCUGAAAAGCUUUCAGAGACUUUCAAAGACAGCAAACAUUUGCUGAGAGGCACACUCCUUUCAUUAACAGAGUGCAUCUGUCUGCACAGACUGGUGAAUCUGAGGGGUGAUUUGUUCUUUUGCAUUCUUCCGUCUUGUAUUUUUCUAUUGUUGGCAUGUUUUGUCAUCCAUGGUGCUAAACAGCUUUUAAAGCAGAAACUGAAAAAUUGAUUCCCUCCUGCCCAGUGAAUCAACACAUCCUUUUUUAAAGGAGCGACAUGUCUUUUUUUUUUCAUCUCUACAGUAGAAAUGUAGUUGUUUUCUAUUAUGUAAUAAAGAACCCAAAUCAGAGACAUAGAA